CUGGUAAAACCGAGCACAGUCUCAGCUUAGUGAACGCAGCGUGACGUAGUCUUUGUUAUGAGAUUAGUAUUUGUUUUGAAAAUCUGCUGUGAUGCCGACCGACUGUUUACUUUAAGAAUGAUUUAACACAAAGAUCUGCUCCAGCAAACCUCAAAACAAGGAACAACAACUUUCAGCUGAGGGGUGCAUUCUUCAUUUACAGCUGCUGCUCGUCAUUUAAUGGAGGAGAAUAGUUUUAAAUGUGAGAACGGACAAAGAUACAGCCAAGUUUGCCUUCAUUGGCUGUAAAGACAUCAACGCCCGAGCUGUGCAGACUGAUGUGAUGUGUGGAUGUCCCAGAGAGCUUCUGUGUGAACCUGCACCAACAGUGUUCAGUGAGGUUGAAUAGUUCAUUCAGCUUUGUUUAUUCAGAAAGUCCCGUUGAGUUCGAGAUCUUUUUCACAAGAGAGACUGAACUACUCAUCACAUACACACAGUAUCACAACAGUCACUCAAAGCAAGCAUGACACUCACUCAACCAACCACACUAAUGACUAGAGUCACACAUAUCACAGACCCAGGAUGGUAAAGUCUGCAGUGUUGCAGUCCAGACCUAGUGCUGAGAACACCAGGUCUCUCCUCUAGUGGAAUAUUAGUAUUCCUGCUCUUAUCUUGAACAUCCAUGGAUCAGCCUCCUCCAGCUACAAUGGCUCAGGCCCUGCUCAGUGUGGACAGUGCACAGUUCAGCUGCUCCAUCUGUCUGGAGCUGCUCAGGGAUCCAGUCACCAUCCCAUGUGGCCACAGCUACUGCAUGAGCUGCCUCACAAAACACUGGGACCGCCAGCCAGUCUGCAGCUGUCCGCAGUGCAGAGCCACCUUCAGUCCCAGACCCAAGCUGGGCAGGAACAACCUGCUGGUGGAGAUGAUGCAGAAACUCAGUAUUGUGGGGCAGACUGAGGGCCCUUCUGCUCCUCCUCUGUAUGAGCUCCUGGCCUCUGCAGAGGGCCAAGGCUUUGAGCACGCCACCUUUGACGUGUCCUCCGUGCGUCCUGAAGCGACUGAUGGACAGAGGAUCUUGGGGGAAACACGCAGACAGCUGGCAGCACAAAUUAAAGAGAGGGAGUCAGAAGUUCAGCAGCUGAAACACAGUCUGAAGUCCUUCUCUCGUAUGGCCAAAGCAGCGGUGAAGGACAGCAGCAGGAUCUUCUCAGAGCUGAUGGAGUUUUUGGAGCACCGUCGUGUUGAGAUGAAGGAGCUGAUCAGGGCUCAGGAGAAGGCUGAACUGACUCGAGCUGAAAACCACCUCCAGCAUCUGGAGCGGCAGAUCUCAGAGCUGAGGAGGAGAGACGCUGAGCUGGAGGGAGUUUUCCACGCUCAGGAUCAGCAGCUGAUCGCGCAGAUGUGUCAGUCAUUUGGUCGUCCAGUCCCUGAGGCAAGCAGCUCUCUGACAGUCAGUCCACACAUCUCCUUUGGACCUGUGAGGAUGGCCAUCUCCCAGCUGAAGGAACAGCUGCAGACCCUGUACAACACAGAAUUUCCAAAUGUCACCUCUGCAGUAAAAACUGUAAGCCUUCUGCAAAUGGAAAAGACCAACACGGAAGUGUGUGAUUCUGCACACAUCCCUGCUUUGGACAACAGAGCUGAUCUCCUGCAGUAUUUCUGUCCGCUGUCUUUGGACCCGUUCACUGCACACAGGGAGCUUUCUCUGACUGAAGGAAACCACAUGGUCAGACGAACUGGAGAAAUACAGGCGUACCCAGACCACCCUGACCGCUUUGACUCCUGGGUCCAGGUGUUGUGUCGUGAGGGUCUACAAGGCCGCAACUACUGGGAGGUGGAGUGGGACGGCCACCAGGUGGCUCUGGGGCUCACCUACGAGAACAUUGGAAGAAAGGGAUCAUCGGAUCACUGCAGGCUGGGACACAACUCUCUCUCCUGGAGCCUCCAGUGCAGCUCGUCCUCUUUCGUCCUCUGUCAUGGAAACCAGAAGAAGACGGUGGAAGUUCCCUCCGGAUCUGUAUCCCGCAGGAUCGGGGUGUUCCUGGACCACGAUGUGGGUCUGCUCUGCUUCUACAUGGUGACACCCAGAGGAGUCCAUCUUCUGCACAGGGUGGAGACCAAAUUCGACAUGCCUCUCUACCCUGCAGUGUGGCUCGGAGCCAACUGUAGCGUCAGCCUCUGUACUGUCAACUGAGCACGGCCAUCCAAACAUCUACAUGGUAAACACAUGGAGUUUUUAGUGUUAUUUUAACUGACUCAGGUAUUAACCACUAGUGCAUGUCAGAAAAUUAGAAUAGUGACUUAAAAAUUCAAAUUUUAAAAGGUAAUCUUUCAUAUAUUCUGUAUUGACUGCACACAAAGUUUGAAUUUUUGGCUUGUAGCUCAUGAAAAUCAGAGAUCCAGCAUCUCAACUUGACCUUGAUAUUUACUAAGAUUAGUUAAAAAGAAAAAAGGAUUUACAAUACAGAAAUGUCAAGCAUCUGAAAAGUGUGUUUAUGUACUAAAUACCUAGUUGAGGCUCCUUUACUACAAAGUACAACAUCAGUGUGGUGUGGAAUGGAGGCACUGCUGAGAUGUUCGUGAAGCCCAGGCUGCUUUGAUAGAAGCCUUUAGCUCAGCUCAUCAUCUCAUCUUCCUCACUGCACCUUACGUGGGGUUCCUUGUUCAGGUAGCUGAGUUGGCUGUCCUGUCAAGCACAGUGAUAUCAUGGUCAGCAAACCAUUUGGUAGCAGUUUUGACUCUAUGGGCAGGUGCUAAGACUUUCAAGCCAGCAGUCUUCUGCAUGAUUGUACUUUUGUGUACUGAACUAGACCACCAGAUAUGCUACCGUUCAAAAGUUUGGGGUCAAUGUCCAAAUGUCCUUACUUUAGAAAGAAAAGCAGUUUUUUUCAAUGAAGAUAACAUUAAAUGAAUCAGAAAUCCAGUCUAGAUGUUAAUGUUGUAAAUGAUUAUUCUAGCUGUAAAAGAAAACCCUUGUGCAAUUAUGUUAGCACAUGAAAUAAACUAUGAGUUUUCUUAUGAAACAUGAAAUUGUCUGGGUGACCCCAAACUUUUGAACGGUAGUGCAGUAUUCAUACAUUUUAGAUUUUUUAUUUUUUUUUUUACUAAAACUUCAAAUGAAAUGUUCUAAUAUUUUGAGAUACCAGAUUUCUGAUUUUCACUACCUGUAAGCCAUAAUCAUCACAAUUUAAACAAAAACCGCUUGAAAUAUUAUACUGCAGGUGUAAUGAGUCUAGAAUAUGUUUAGUUUUGACUUUGUUAAUUCAAAGAAAAUUUACAUUUUUUCGCAACGUUUUAUUUUUUGAGAUGCACUAGUACAGCUCUACUGUUAUAUCAGCUGCUAGUCACUAGAACAUUUCAGUUAAGAAAUGCCAAUUAUAUAUUAUGAAAUAGGUUUUGAUUGGAGGUAAAACUGGAUCUAUCAUUAUGAAAGAGCCUUCCUGUACUUUAUAUUCUAUAUACAAGAACAACAGUAGAGGUUUAAAAAGAGAAGAUCAUAACUGAAACUAUAUUCAAUGCUUGUUAGAGCGAAGAGUGCUUUAUUGAAGGUCAGAUUUUUUUUAAUAGCUCGUGUUCAUCUAGGCUCUAGUAGAUAUACUGUAUAUUAUCAAUGCAGGCUGGUAAUACUGUCACAUAUGUUAAAGGAGCAGCCUUUACCUGAUAGCAGGUAGGUGCCUCAGAUUGCCACUCUGCCACCAUUGGUAUACGAGUGAUGAGAAAUACUUUGUAAAACACUUUGAAGAACCUCGCUAAGAUUCAAAAGUGCUUUGUAAGUGCUAACUAUUUAUCAUAUCAAUCUGUCUGACACAUGUAAUUUUAUCUUCAGUCAUAGUGGAAACAUUUUGCCUCUAAGGCGCUUUAGAAGCCCAGGUCUCACAGCAUUCCAGAUCUCCCAGGUGUGUUUCUGAUACACAAAGACCUCAGCAUUCAACACCUAGCCUGCCUUCCUUCAUUAUAAUAUUGCACUUUAAGCUUUGACUGUCUUGCUGAUGUAGAUUGAUUUUUGAAAGUUUGAGAACACUUUAGGAUUUUCUGUAUUUCUGCUUACAUAGGACCUAAAUAUAUGGCCAAGUUUAAUAUUUUGGCUUAUUUGUUCAAAUCAGAUGAUACUGUAAGUCAUAUUUUUACAGAAAUGUAGAAAACAGGCUCACAUCCUGUAGUGUGAAAUGAGGCGUCAUCUGCUUGUGCACUGUGGGACACUGACAUACGGAUGAAUUUUCUGCUGUGCAGAGAAUUGUGAGUCAGAAAGGCUUGAAAAGCAUGCUGGCUUGCAAAUUAGAGAGCAGAUGUUGGCAUUCUGCAUUUGACGUCUUUGGAACAUACUCAUUAUCUCAAAAGACAAAAGUUAUAUAGUCUGUUCCCAUCAUAACUUUUCAGUUACUAUAGAAGCAGGUCACAAAAACAUUUUCUCAUUUCAUCUAGUGCUGGUUAAGCUAUUCAGUUUUAAUUUCAUGUCCAUCUGAUCUGAGAAUACUGCCUCAACACCAAUACAGAAGAGGAAAAUGGAAUAAAAGGAUUCCCUAGCAGCAACACUGAGCAGUCCACCGACAUCACUAUCAGUUUAUUGUCAGGGGCCACUUCUAUAGGAAAAACUGUCCAGUGAGGUCUGUGGAGUCUCUAAAGUUUGUAAUUCUGUUCGUAUCCAUUGUAUUGAGGUGGGCGGACCAAGAAUCUAAACAAAUUCAUUGUUUUCUGUUUUCUCAAGCUAUACUCUUAAAUUCACGAGACAGCAGUUUCAGUGCAAGAGUUUGUUUUUAUUAUUAUUAACUGUUGACACAAUCAGCAGAGAAACAAAUCAUGACGAAGGACAGAAAAAGACAUACUGAGAUCAGAUCUUGUUGAAUGCUGCUACAUCAACACUCUGAACCUGAAACAGAGCAAAAAAAAAGAAAGAGAAAAGAUGUGAGAUGUAAGAAUACCUGCGUUAUUUUCUAAACUACCUCACAGGUGAGAAAUUCUGCUCCCGAUUUCUCUUUGCAAAACUGCUCAUAUUGCUCUAAGAACUGAAAUCUGAGCUUUUCUUAGUACCUCAUUUCAGCCACACGAUGGCAGCAAUGUGCUGCGGAUGUGUACAGUGGCCAGUGUGGUUACUGAUUACUCCUAAACCAGCCUGUUAGUCCCUGGUGUAACAGCAUACAUUCAGGUCAGAACUAUACAUGGGUUUCUCUGAAAAUUAUAAACUAGUGGUGUCUGACAAACCAGAGAGUCAAAUAAAAACACUUGCUGUGGUUCUGAAUGUAUCUCUACAUAACCUUCCAAGUGAAAAAUAAUCCUUUCACUGACAAGAGUUAUACCACAUGUUCUAAGUUGCACUUGUUUCCAAAUCAAGACAAUGAUGGCAGGCCACCAGCUGCCUGGGUAGAAAACAAAGGUACAACUAAGACCUUAUAUAUUGUAGUUUGCGGUGUUGCAUGUUCUAUUUUACACUUGAAUGUUUCUAACGUGUACUCUCACUGAUAUAAGGUGUUGAAAAAUGUUACAUAAGGAGGAUUUAUUGCUAGACAGUUGGUUUAGAUAUUAGCUUUAGCCAAAUGUACCUAUUAAAAAAGCAAUGUGUAGCUUACUUUCCAGUUUAUUUAUUUUGCUAAGGUGCCUUUCAGUAUCGACCAAAUCAAUAAAAAUCCGUCCACACAAAA